GCAGGAUCGAUAAACAUGCCUGCACUUGCGUUCACAUGCACCAUUUCGCAUACGCCAAAAAUAGUGCUUGUUCCGUUGCGGCUCUCGAUCCCCGUCUCCACGCGAUAUCCCAGAUCUCGCACGGACCUUGUCCCUGACAUCACCACUGAAAACGCGCUCCGCCUCAUCGGCGCAUUGCCAUCCACACUUUUCACGAUGGAAGACAGAAGACAACACUCUUGCAUGCGCACGCAAUGGCCAUUCUACGUGUGCCUUACACCGAUCCCCUGCCGCUUCCAAAGAUAAUCCCCGCAAGUGCAACUACCACAUCUGGUGCCAUCGCUGCACUUGUUGACUUCUUGUCACCCUCGUUGUCGAGCUCAAGACCGUACCUGCGCGGCACUUCACCAGUGAAAAAUGGCAAGACGCUGCUGUUGACUGGUGCCGGGAUUAGUGUAGCGUCUGGACUUGCGGAUUAUCGAGGUCCGAACGGGACGUAUACACAGAAUAAAACAUAUAGACCGAUAUACUAUAAUGAAUUCUGCGAGAACCAUGAGGCGAGGAAGAGAUACUGGGCGCGAAGUUUCUUGGGGUGGACAAACCUGAGUAAGGCCAGACCCAAUAAGGCGCACGAGGCCUGUGGAAACUUGGGGCGGCUGGGUGUUGUUGGGAAGGUUAUCACACAGAAUGUAGACUCCUUCCAUCCCAAAGCGCACCCCUCCCUCCCCACGACCGAGCUUCAUGGCUAUCUUCGCAACCUUGUCUGUCUAACAUGUCGAAACGAAUACGACCGCCGGGUAUUCCAAGACCAGCUUGCGAAGCUGAAUCCCGCAUGGGCGACAUUUCUCGAAGAAAUGCUUGCCUCAGGCGCGCUCGACUCUGAGAACCCAGACGAACGGCGGAAGAAAGGAUUGAAAACGAACCCAGACGGUGACGCAGACGUGCCAGAUGCGCCAUACACGACAUUCAGGUACCCAGCAUGCCCCGCGUGCCUACAAACGCCGCCGCGCAAGCUGAAUGGGGGCGUCGUCAAGGUCGAAGUAGACCAGGACGGCGCAUGGAAGCACGGUAGUGAGGGCGGCGUGCUGAAACCCGCUGUUAUUAUGUUCGGAGAAAGCAUACCCGCGGCGACGAAAGUCGCUGCUGAGCAGGCUGUCGAUGAAGCUGGAAGAUUGCUAGUCAUAGGGAGUAGUCUUGCGACCUACUCUGCGUGGAGGCUGGUCAAGAAGGCGAAAGAGCAGAGACUGCCUAUUGGGAUACUUAAUAUGGGCGGUGCGAGAGGUGAGGAUGCGUUCUUCAGCGAUGUUGAAGAGAGUAAUACUGGGCGAGAAGCAGUGAGGAUCUCGGAGAAUGUCGAGAAGGUCCUGCCACAGGUUGUGAAGAUACUUGAGAGGAUGAAAGGAAAACCAUAACUACAGGACCUUAGGCAAUGAACUUGAUCAUGAUGUCGCACGAGACGCCUUCCAC